CCGUGGCGCCCCUGGCAGGAGCACUGCAAGGACGCCUCCCGGGACUGCACCGCGGCCCUGCGCACUUGGGGCGACGGGGCCAGGGGCGGGGGACGGCUGCGGGCUGGGAGGGCGCGCGGAGGAGACACCGCUGAGGGGACGCCGCUGAGGGCGCCACGCGGGGGGCGCGGCUGCGGCGCCUCGAAGGGCAAGCGCCAAGGGGGCGCGGGCGCCGCCGGAAGCUGGGGCGGGGCGCCCAGCGGGAUGCGGUGAAGGGCGAGCGGCGCGGCGGCUGCGAUGAGUGCCUCUGCGGCCACCGGGGUCUUCGUGCUGUCCCUCUCGGCCAUCCCGGUCACCUAUGUCUUCAACCACCUGGCGGCCCAGCAUGAUUCCUGGACUAUUGUAGGGGUUGCUGCCCUCAUCCUGUUCCUGGUAGCACUGCUGGCUCGUGUCCUCGUCAAAAGAAAACCACCCCGGGACCCACUGUUCUAUGUGUAUGCAGUUUUUGGAUUUACCAGCGUGGUGAACCUCAUCAUAGGACUGGAGCAAGAUGGAAUCAUUGACGGGUUCAUGACACACUACUUGAGAGAGGGUGAACCGUAUCUGAACACUGCAUAUGGGCACAUGAUCUGCUACUGGGAUGGCUCUGCUCAUUAUCUGAUGUACCUGGUGAUGGUGGCAGCCAUAGCAUGGGAGGAAACUUAUAGAACCAUUGGCCUAUAUUGGGUUGGAUCUAUUAUUAUGAGUGUUGUUGUUUUUGUGCCAGGAAACAUUGUAGGGAAGUAUGGAACACGAAUUUGCCCUGCUUUUUUCUUAAGCAUACCAUAUACUUGUCUUCCUGUCUGGGCUGGUUUCAGAAUCUAUAAUCAGCCAUCAGAAAAUUAUAAUUACCCCUCAAAGGUUAUUCAAGAAGCCCAAGCGAAAGACCUGCUGAGAAGACCAUUUGAUUUAAUGUUGGUUGUGUGUCUCCUCCUGGCAACUGGAUUUUGCCUGUUCAGAGGCUUGAUUGCUUUGGAUUGCCCAUCUGAGCUCUGCCGAUUAUAUACGCAAUUUCAAGAGCCCUAUCUAAAGGAUCCUGCUGCUUAUCCUAAAAUUCAGAUGCUGGCAUAUAUGUUCUAUUCUGUUCCUUACUUUGUGACUGCACUGUAUGGCUUAGUGGUUCCUGGAUGUUCCUGGAUGCCUGACAUCACAUUGAUACAUGCUGGAGGUCUGGCUCAGCAAAUACUCGCUUAUGAAAUGGAGUCUCAUCUUAUGGGAGUAUCUGACACAUUCAUCACAGAAAGCACUCUCCAGCAAGGCACGGUGGCUCACACCUGUAAUCCCAGCACUUUGGGAGCCCGAGGUGGGUGGAUUGCUUGAAGUCAGGAGUUUGAAACCAGCCUGGGCAACAUGGUAAAACCCCAUCUCUACAAAAAAUACAAAAAUUAGGCUGGCGUGAUGGCAUAUGCCUGCAGUCCCAGCUACUAGGAAGGCUGAGGUGGGAGGAUCGCUUGAACCAGGAGGCAGAGGUUGCAGUGAGCCGAGACUGUGUCACUGCACUCUCCAGCCCAGGUGACAGAGAGAGACCCUGUCUCUCCCACCACCACAAAAAAACAAAACAAAACAAAACAAAAAUAGGCAUUUUUCUGUAACUUUAAUCAGCAUCUUUGCUUGCUAAAAUUGCCAUUCUUAUUUAGAAGCCUUAUGCAUUCAUGAUCCCACUAACUUUACUAAAACUUACUUUUACUGAAACAUCUAGUAAACUCUCAAGAAUCUAUGCAACUUAGUAAGGGAAAAAAAAACCACCUCUGAAAAGUUCUAGAUCAGUAUAGGCCAAUGGAAGAAAUAUUGAGUAGUGGCCAGGCACAGUGGCUCACACAUGUAACCCCAGCACUUUGGGAGGACCAGGCAGGUGGAUCACCUGAGGUCAGGAGUUUGAGACCAGCCUGGCCAACAUGACGAAACCCCGUCUCUACUAAAAAUACAAAAAAUUAGCUGGGUGUGGUGGUGGGCAUCUAUAAUCCCAGCUACUUGGGAGGCUGAGGCAGCAGAAUCGCUUGAACCUGGGAGGCAGAGGCUGCAGUGUGCCAAGAUCAUGCCCACUACACUGCAGCCUGGGUGACAGAGCAAGACUGUCUCAAAAAAAAGAAAGAAAAAAGAGUGAGUAGUUAUUGGGGCCUUGAUUUCAGACCAUGUAGGAGUCUGCCAAAUCUGCUGCCUUCAGAAAUCAAAAGAUCAAGGAAAGAGUAAAAGAAGAUUGAAUAAAAUGAAACCAGGACACAUUUUAGACCAAAGAGUUCCACUGGGGACUUACUCAUAACCCAGGUAUCUUUUCAUAUAAAAUGCUAACCAUAGGAUUAAAGCUGCAAGUGUAAUCUGAAAGGCAUUAUAGGCUGCUUAGAUCCACUUAUUAGCAUUUCCUAUCAACUGAAGCAUUUUCUCUGCUAAAAUAUCAAUGAAAAUGAAAAAAAGCCAAAGCCAGUGAGUUCAUAUAGUUAGGAACAUAAGCUCUGGAGGUGAACUGGUUCAGAUUCUAGCCUGUUGCUGAUGAGCACAAUGACCUUUGGCUACUUUACCUCUCUGAUCCUCAGUUUCCUCUUCUGUAAAGAUAAUAACAGUAGCUUUCUCAUGGAAUUGCUGCGAGGGCUGGAUGAGGUAAUAUAUGUAAAGGGCUUAAAACAGUGUCUGGCACAUAACAGCGAUGUAACUCUUUGUUGCUAUUAUUACUGGUAGAAGAUUCCCAGUAAGAAUUUGGAGAUAUGCCUUAUGUUGUUCCGAAGACUAACCUGAAGACAAACUAAUUAAAUUAAGUGUAUUGUAUAUAAUUACCAAGAAAACAAAGAAACUGGGUGAAAGCUUUGGGACAGACUCACCAUGGGCUUGGUAAGGAGCCUGCCAUCCCACAGCCAGCGAAGGAGGUUCAGUUACUUCAGUCAGGUGCUGCCCUCAGACUCUCUAACU